AUAACAGUGCUUGUAUUGAUAUUAACGAGUGUAUGGAAGGAGAGAAUCCGUGUGGCGAGAGUUGUCAGAAUACUAUAGGAUCGUUUAAAUGUGAGUGUAAUAAGAAUGGUUACUCGUCCAGUAGUGAUGGCUUGACGUGUGCAGACAUCAAUGAAUGUGAAUACAACCAUACUACAGUCUGUGAUCACCUUUGUACCAAUCUACCAGGAAGUUAUAAAUGUUCUUGUCACCCUGGUUACCGCAAACAUGGCGCCACCAAAUGUGCACCCUGCCCUAAAGGUUAUUAUCGUGGUGUUCGGGAUAAAGUAUGUAAGAGUUGUCCUACCCACGCGACAACAGCCGAAGAAGGGGCGAUAUCACUUGUAGAAUGUCUGUGUAAACCAGGAUUUAAGGGAGAUCCCAGUAGACAGUUAAAAUGUAAAGAUAUUAAUGAAUGUACGGAAGAAGACAAUUAUGGAUGUUCACAUAGAUGUACCAAUGCUAUAGGCAGUGCAUACUGUGGUUGUAAAGAAGGCUUUCGUCUAGAUUCAGAUCAUAAAACUUGUAUUGAUGUUGAUGAAUGUAAAAUUAACAAUGGCGGCUGUCAACAGAUCUGUUAUAAUACACCAGGUUCAUUCGGCUGUGAUUGUAGAACACCUCAUUAUAGUCUGGCGAGAAACGGCAAGAGUUGUAGGGAUGUAAACGAGUGUUUGAAUAACAAACAUACCUGUUCACACCAAUGUGUGAAUAUACGAGAUGGCUAUCGAUGCGCAUGUCAUACGGGUUAUGGGCUAGAAUACGACAAUAAAACAUGUUCGGAUAUUGAUGAAUGUGAACGUGAUAAUGGGCGAUGCAGUGAUAAAUGUGUAAAUACUUUAGGGUCAUAUACAUGUGAAUGUACACAGACAGGUUUAACCUUAUAUGGUGAUGGUAAACAAUGUGUUGAUAGAAAUGAAUGCUUAGAAGAUAAUCCUUGUCAAGAUAAAUGUGAGAAUACACACGGUUCAUAUAGAUGUGUAUGUAGUAAUGGUAAUUAUAACCUAUCAGCUGAUUCACAUACAUGCAGUGAUUUAGAUGAGUGUGCGUCUAAUUUUACCAACGCCUGUGAUCAGGUGUGUAUCAAUCUACCAGGAUCGUAUAGAUGUAGCUGUCACGCUGGGUAUUACAGGGCUGGAUCAGCAUGUGUAGCGUGUCGGAAGAAUACGUACCGUGACUCAUCAAUGCUUAUAACAUCAUGUGAACGAUGUCCACCCAGAACAGAAACUGAGGGAACAGCAGCUACUAGUUUAUUAGAAUGUAAAUGUCCGAAAGGUUUUGAACGUAAAACACCAAAAAGCCAAGUUUGUACUGAUAUAGAUGAAUGUAGUAAAGAGAAUAAGAAUAUAAGUGGUUGUUCCCAUUCCUGUUAUAAUUUACCGGGUAGAUAUUUUUGUUCGUGUCCACGUGGUGCCAGAUUACAAACAGACAGAAAAACAUGUUACGGCAGCAACAACUGUAAACCCUUGGAAAAACCUAAAAAAGGAAUUGUAUGGCCACCAGCAUGUCUCGGGGUCGGUAUAAAAAAACUAACACCGGGUGUCGCCUGUUCUUUUAGAUGUCACCAUGGAUACAGGCUAACCGGAAGUCGCAUUAGGACUUGCGCAGCAAAUGGGCAAUUUUCUGGUUCUUCGAGCACAUGUAAAGUUAUAAAGUGUCGUGGAUUAAACUCCAUAACUAAUGGUAGAUUACAUCCGCCGAAAUGUCGUCGUAAGUCUGUACCAUUUGGUAAGAGAUGUCGAGUUCGUUGUAAUCCAGGUUAUAAAUUAGUUGGGCGAAUUGGUACUAAAUGCCGAGCGACUGGUAAAUGGAGUCACAGAUUGAGAACAAGCUGUGAACCAGAAACAACAUCAGUUUGAAUAUUUGAAUUUGCCGGUGUAUCAGAUUAUAGUGUAUAUAGUUAUACUGUUUUAUUUAACUUCUCGCUACAUGUUGAUCUUAGAUCAGAAUUAAUUAUAUACCUGUACAGCAAUUUAAUUCCAACGUGCCGCCAAAUUGUACUCAGGACCUUUGUUGUUUGUCCCACUCGAACGACUAAUAUAAAGUUUACUGACUGUC